UCACAUUAUUCUGAGCGGGAUGACGCGAACGGCGGUGACAAACUGGGGCGCCGCGCUGAAUUCACAGCAAUAUUUGGACACGAGUAAGAGAGUUCUGCUUGGCUGGCGGUGUAGUUGCUGUUCGAGCGAGUGUUCUGCAGCACUCUGCGCCAUCCAGACUGAUGACUGCAGCGGGGCUUCUACUCUCAUGCGGUGGACUUCUGGAGCAGAUGGAGUGUUUGAAGUCAUCUCACCCAGGCUGCCUGAGUCAGCGCUGUAUUUUGAGGACCAUUUUCAGCUCUGUUUGACCUCCUCCAUUGACUGCUAGGCCUUUAAGAUGGAGGACAGUAAGCUUAUCUUCAGCAUGGAUCACCAGAGCGACUCUGCUACAGUGGUCUUUUCCAAAGAAAGUUCUCUUGAGAAUCAAUCAGAGCUCUCCCUUGACUACGACCUGAGUCACCCCCAGACUUCCUCCAUUCCGCACUCCCCUUCCUCACCUGGCUCAUUAGCCGCCUUGGCGACCGCGGACACGACGGUCGGCGGCAGUUUGGUCAAGUCGUCCUCGCAAGACCUGAAGCCGAGGCAGAGCAGCUCGGUGAGGGGGAAGCCUCUGCUCAGCCUGGUGAAGUCCCUGAGCACGGAGAUUUCUCGCAGGGUGGAGCCAGAGGACGACCUCUCCAAGUCAGACUCCAAGCUACAUGUUCACUCCAGGAGGCAGCAGCAGAAGAUGCAAGGCAAUGAUGAGUCGGCAUCACCCCCACCAUCUGGACGCUUGUCUCCCACGGAGCCGCGAGGUGCCUCCCUGAUUGCUGAACUGGAGGACACUCGGAGGAGGUUCUCAGAAGCCAUGCAGGAUCCUCUAAGCAUGAUCAGCAAGAUGAUGAAGGAUGAAGGCUCUGCUGUGCCCAAGCAGGAAGGCACUACAGAGCAUCAGUUAUCACAAGGGGGUGCAGCAAGAGAGGAGGGCAGAGAAGAUCUCAGGCGGCGGAGAAAUGCUGAUAGAAACCAUGAAGAAGACUGUGGCUCUCCAGAGAAGCACCAUUCCAAGGGUUACCCUCAAACCCACACACAAGAUUUGGAGAUUCCUCCUGUGAAAUUAUCCAUGGAGCUUUUCGACGGAACCAGGGGGCCACGUUGCCGCUCCUACUCCCAAUGUUCAUCACUCCAUAUUUACUGGCUCUCUUUUGUCGGACUUUUGGCGUACGCCUUCUUUGUGCUCCCACUUUCCCCGUACACCAAAGGCCUCUCUAUGGGCGUGGCAUUCGGCUUCAUUUUGGGUUUAGUGGUAGUUUAUGUGUUUGGCCCUGGACACCCGACCACAAGAAGACAGUACCAGUGUCGAAAAACUCCUCACAGAUUAUUGAGCAAAGAGGACCCAGAAGUCCUCGAGGGAUGGAUGACCGUCACACACACCUACGACCCGGAGACCUUCCACCCAUCCUCCGCACACUCCGUCUAUGUGACCCUGGAGGGCGGCAGGUUGAGGCUGGCCUACCCCGCUGCGUCAGAGGAGACUCCCAAUGAGUUGGUGUUUUCGUCCUCCUGCAUGUAUCAGCUGGCAAACUGCAAGGUGUCUCUGGUGCCAGCUGGUUUGGCUUGCAAGAGGUUGUGGAAUAAGAAGUAUCCCAUCUGCCUCACUCUGGCUGAGGGGGAGAAGGAAAGCCUUGAGGAAGAGGAUGUGGCUGAGAGAUGCGAUGUUCCAGAUGCCCCAAACCCUGUCUCUAUAUACCUGUUUGGGCGCACAGGUCGAGAGAAGGAGGAGUGGUUCCAGUACUUUUUGUCUGCCUCCAGAACCUGCGCUAGUUUUAUGAGUGAGGAGAACAAUGACGUGUUUUUCUGUGAGACGGCGGGUCAAGAUGGCACUGAAGAUCAACAAGGCAAUAUUAAAACACGGACACUGUUGGAUUACAGCAACUACAUGAGCCAGCUGAUCAGUUCAGAGAGCAACGACCAGACAUUCAGCCCGAGUCACAGUGGCGACGGGAGCCCCAGCAGCCAUCUUAAGAUCCUGAGAAAGGACCAGGAGUCUGGAGGUCAAACAGGAUCUAAUACAAGCUCUGAGGAUGUGGUGUGUUCCGCUGACUCAUCAUGGAUCAAUGCCCUGGUGGGUCGGAUCUUCUGGGACUUUCUACGGGAUAAAUACUGGACCGAUCAGGUGGCACACAAGAUCCAGAAAAAACUGGGAAAGAUUAAGCUGCCGUACUUCAUGAACGAGUUGACCCUGGCUGACCUGGACAUGGGAACCUGCCUCCCUCAAGUCCUCAGUACCUCCAAACCCACGCUGGACCGUAGAGGUUUGUGGCUGGAGGUGGAGCUAAUGUACACAGGCUGCCUCCAGAUGACCCUGGAGACCAAAAUGAACCUGUGCAAGCUGAGCAGUAAAGUAGAGGACGACACUCCUGGCAGUCCAGAGAAGCAGCAAGUCGGCUCCAAGCCCAGGCUGAGUGUACUGGCCGACAGCGAUGAAGAGUCCUCCAGCGCCUGCUCCUCUGAUGAAGAAGAAGUUCUGCCUUUGGAGUCUCAAGGAUCUGGGGGCGAUAAGAGCCCUGGAGUGAGCCCAGAUGCUCAUGCUAGCGGCAGCACUAGCAGAAAGAUCCUGAGGUUUGUAGACAAGAUUGCCAAAUCCAAGUACUUCCAGAAGGCUACAGAGAAUGAGUACAUCAGGAAGAAGAUGGUGGAGGUGUCCAACAUGCCCCUCAUGCUCAGCGUGGAGGUGCUGGAACUGUCUGGAACUCUGGCCGUCAAUAUCCCUCCUCCCCCAACUGACAGGAUUUGGUACAGUUUCCAGACACCCCCGAGGUUAGACCUCCACGUGCGCCCCAUGUUAGGAGAGCGGGAGGUCACGUUUACUCAUGUGACUGAGUGGAUAGAGACCAAACUCAAGUGCGAGUUUGAGAAGGUCUUCGUCAUGCCCAACAUGGACGACAUUUAUCUCCCCCUCAUGACGUCUGGCCUGGACCACCCGACCUCAGGAUCAUGUCCAGCUUCGGUCCACUCCACGUCACACCAGUCGUCGGUGGAAUCACAGGAUUAUUUGCCGGAGUGAUGGAGUGGCUCCUCAUAGGAUUUUCAUAGACUGUUUAGGAGCUAUGACAUUCACCGUCCAAAUACAACACUGCAAGAGGUGACUUCAAGUCAAGGCCCAUUCUGGCCAGUGGAGUCAUUUUAUCAGCCCUCAAGAGCAAAUAACACACAUUUAAUUCUAACUAAAACUAAAACAAAGCAUACUGAUGCCAUGACUAACAGUGGAGAUUCUAAAUGUCAAGAAUCUAUUUGGAAAAUCCCCGUAAAAAGAUGCAAAAAAAGGGAAAACGAAAAAGCAGAUGAAUGUAUGAAGAAGAAAACAGUUUCUCCUGUAUUAUGGGUCACAAUUUAUGUUUUGCAAACCACAGAGAAGCCUUACACUAACAUUGACCUUCAGUGACAUAUUGGAUGAUGUCUAACCUACUUGUUUGACCCCUGACUUGGGUGUAAAAAGAUGGCCCCUGGUAUGGUUGAGUGAGUCACUCUUAUGCAAAGCCAUUUACGAACAAUAAAAGUGUUCUGCAAUUGA